GGUAUCCAGUCCGUAUUUGUUGUAUGAAAAUGGCCGCCGACGUGUAGGUUGUUGGUGGUAAGAUUUUCCCAUCUUAAUGCCCUAAAUCGCCCUAUCUCGGUGAUAACCGAAGGAACUCGAGCACAUAAUGGUCCAGCAAUCAUCUUGGCAAGGCUCAUCAGACUUUACAGCGGUCAAUGUGCCUUCUGGAGUCAGUUAUAAUUACGACAACAGCAAGGGCCGGCGGAAAACAUCCAUCUAUCGAAGAUGGAAAAGUCUAUCCUCACUUCAGAAAAGUAUUCUUGUAAUUGCAUUGAUUAUGUCGAUUGGCACAUUCAUAUUAUGGGACACUAGGACAGAUGUUAGUAUUGAGCAGAUAAAGAAUCAUAAGCCACAUGACAUUUCAGAUGAUAAUUUAAUCCCCUUGCGCAAACCAGAUCGAGAUGAGAUGUUUAGAGAGAAUAUGAAAGAAUAUGAGGAGCAAGCUAAAAAAUAUGUCAAACCGAAAAAAGGUCCACCAAAACUGAAAGAUAGACUUAAACAACAACAGUCGCAUGAGAAUCGUCAAGACAACAACAAGGAAAUAGACAUUGCCAGAGGACAAAACAAUGGCGAAGUCAAGGGAGAUCCUAAUAAUCCUAACAAUAAUGGCAAUAAUAAAGCAGUCGAUGUUGCCGCUGGUGAUGGAGAUAAUGACAACAAUGGGGAACAACAAGGAAUUGACAUCAAUGGAGUCCAUCUUCUUCCCAUUGAUCAAGUGAAUAGCCGACAGAAAGCAGUGAUUGAAGCGUUCAGGCAUGCAUGGAAGGGAUACAAGCAGUUUGCAUGGGGCCAUGAUGAGUUGAAGCCAAUCUCUAAGAGUUUUAGUGAGUGGUUUAAUAUUGGUUUAACAAUUAUUGAUUCCCUGGAUACCAUGCUGCUGUUGAAUUUGAAAGAUGAGUUCAGGGAGGCAAGAGACUGGGUAGCAAACUCUCUGUCGUUUGACAAGAAUGUUGAUGUGAACUUGUUUGAGGUGACGAUACGAGUCCUUGGGGGCCUUCUAAGUGCCUAUCACCUCUCCAAUGAUGACAUCUUCCUCAACAAGGCUGUUGAGCUGGGUGACCGUCUGCUCCCUUGUUUCAACUCACAGUCAGGCAUACCCUUUUCCGAUGUUAACCUGAUGACAAGGCAAGUGCACCCUCCAAGAUGGGGGCCUGACAGCUCGGUAUCUGAAGUGAGCACUAUCCAACUGGAGUUUAGAGAUCUGAGUUAUGUGACCGGCAAUGACAAAUACAAGCAAGCUGUUGACAAGGUAAUGCGUCAUCUCCAUAGCCUUCCCAAGAAAAAUGGGCUGGUGCCAAUCUUUGUGAAUGCCAACACGGGACAGUUCCGCCCAGGUGCUACCAUAACCCUUGGGGCCAGAGGAGACAGCUAUUAUGAGUAUCUACUAAAACAGUGGCUACAGACGGGAAAAAAGGAGGACUGGCUUAAAGAGGAUUUUACAAACUCAAUGAAUGGUGUGACAUCACUGCUAGCGCGGAGGUCACAUCCAAACAAACUGCUGUAUGUUGGUGAGCUGCUACAUGGAAACAGCUUCAGUCCUAAGAUGGACCAUCUGGUGUGUUUCCUUCCUGGUACUAUGGCUCUGGCAGCGCACAAUGGCCUGGACCCAAAAUACCUGGAAUUCGCCAAAGACAUGAUGGAAACAUGCUACCAAAUGUAUGCCCGCAUGCCCUCUCGCCUCAGCCCAGAGAUCGCCUACUUCAACCAGAACCCCCCAGCUACAGAGGACAUCAUAGUUAAGCCUCUUGACGCCCAUAACCUGUUGAGGCCCGAGACGGUGGAGUCCCUGUAUAUCCUGUAUCGCCUGACCAAGGACAAGAAGUACCAGGAAUACGGAUGGGAGAUCUUCCAGGCCUUCGAGAAACACACCCGGAUCGCCUCUGGGGGGUACUCGUCCAUCAACAGCGUGCGCCAGCUGAAUCAUGGGUAUCGCGACAAGAUGGAGAGCUUCUUCCUCGGCGAAACUCUCAAGUACUUGUUCCUGUUGUUUAGUGACCUUGACGUCGUUCCACUGGACAAGUUCGUGUUUAACACGGAGGCUCACCCAUUGCCGAUACAUAGCUGAAACUUAGGCGUCUUAAAGGGUCUAGUGCAAUUCUAUUUUUGGUAUAGAUAGGCUUGUGUCAAGAGCAAAUGAUGUACAUAUCUACCCUAAAUGUAAGUAAUUUAACGGUGUGGGAAAGUGUGGAGAAGCUACACGAGGCCAAGUACGAGAGGAAAGGGGCCAAGUACGAGAGGUUGGGGCCAGUCUCUGCGGGGAGCUUUUAUAUUUUUAGAACCUGGAGCUAUGCACACCGACCUUACAAUGCAAUGAAGAAAACCAUUUUUAGAGAAUUUGGACAUUGGGAGCUAAGUAGAAAAUCUGAAUAUCAAGGUGAGCUACCCUAGGAUCAAAUUUUUGCCUGUGUAAUCUUAAUUUUCUGUACGCAACGUUUGUAGGGGGCGGAAAAUAUAGGUAGACCAAUUACUAUGAAAAAUAAUGGCCGCAAAUGAUUCGAACCUUUUGGAUAUUUUGUACAAGGGGAAUUCACCAGCCUAGUCCCAGGCGUUCUUAUCGGGUUUCCUGUGACGCCACAGGAAACCAUCUGAGCUCGUCCUAGCUCCCAGGCUACCUUACGGUUCAUCUCCGAGCACAGGAAACCCGGUAAAAACGCCUGGGACUAGGAUGGGAAUUCACUACAAGGAAAGGUUUUUUAAGCAAUAAUAGUAACCUUAAGAUUUACGACGGCGGAGUGUCGAGGACGCCGCAAGAUUUUAGCGCGCGGAGAAAAACAACGUGUGUGCCGUCGUCGUCCCUCCGCCGUCGUGAAUCUUAAGUCCCCUAUUAUCGACUCUAUGUCAUGUUGCACACGAUUCUAAAAAUGAAUUAAUGCGAGGGGCGAUCCUUGGGCAGGCCUAAGAUCCAGGUUUUUUAUAUUUUCAGUGCAAACCAGAUUUAUAAUCCUCUUGUUAUUAUAUUGAUGUAAUAUACAUUGGGUAUUCUCAGAAGAAAAGAAAUGAAAAAAAUACGCUCGAUAA